AUGGAGCAAAGCAAUGGAUCAAGUUCUUCGGCAUUAUCAAAUAUGGCUGCUCCAAUGUUUGGUGGGAAAAAUUAUCAGAUAUGGGCUGUUAAGAUGAAGUUUUUCAUGAAAGGAGCAGACUUAUGGGAAGCCGUUGAAGAGGAUGACGAGGUUCCUCCUCUCGGUGCAAAUCAAACAGUGAAUCAAAUAAGGAUCCACAAAGAGAAGGUAACGAGAAAAGCAAAGGCUAUGUCAUAUCUUUUCUCUACAGUUUCUCAAUCGGUGUUCACGAAGAUAAUGUCGUUUGAAACGACAAAAGAAGUGUGGGAUUUCAUGAAGGAGUAUGAGGGAGAUGAGAAAAUCAGGGGAAUGAAAGUUCUCAAUUUGUUCAAGGAGUUUGAAAGACAACAAAUGAAGACAAAUGAAUCUGUCAAGGAUUACAUAAAUCGGUUGGUAAGCAUUGUGAACAAAAUAAGGAUACUUGGCGAAGACAUUGAAGACAAAAGAAUAGUGCAGAAGGUAUUGGUUUCAAUACCAGAACGUUUUGAAGCAACUAUCGCAUCUCCGGAAAAUACGAAGAAACUUUGA